UAUGACUCAUACUGAGGUAAUCUAUUAUUUAAUGAAAUUAAGGAAAAAUAAAACGUUUCCCUCAACUGCGUUACCUAAUUCAGUCAGCAGUACCAACUCCAGUCCGCAGAAGGCGAUAUGCGUCUUUCAGCCGACGCUACCAGUGUGACGUACAAUCUAGUUAACCGGACGCUUCUUCAACAACAACAGCAGCUAGUCAGCCACCACCGUAGCUUGCUAGCCAACAUAGCCGAAGCAUUGGGUAUCUUUAGGUAAUUUCGUUCUAUAUUAGCCACUGUGUUUUAAAAACACUUCUGUCGUCGUAAAGUUAGCUAGUUACCACCUUUCAUUUCAUAUUUACGUUGCUAUAGCUAGCUGGGUAGCUAAAACAGCCUAGUCGCUCAGGCUAACUAACUUGCCAACCUAUCUGAGCAUGAGUUUACUAAAAUACUCUCCAUUUGCUAAAGAAGAGGGGGUCUGCUGGACGGAGAAAGAAGCUCUGGGGCUCGACAUUGUCGUAAAAGAGGAGGAGGAAGAGGAUGUUCCAGUGAAAAAAGAAAAUAAAGAAAUUCCUGUGAAAGAAGAGGAAGGAGAGUUCAGAGUGAAAGAGGAGGAGGAUGUUACUGUGAACGAAGAGGAGAAAGAAAAGGAACAGGAUACCGUUUUUGGAGUGAAGGAGGAGGGGGAGAUAACUGUCACAUUGAAAGAGGAGGAUGAGACUGGAGAUCUGAAUAACACCGAAGAGAGACCAGACUCUCACUCUGACAGCGGGGAGAGUCCUUCAGGGGAACCAGAUGCAGAGACGUCCAAACAAGCGAGACGACACCACUGUUCCCAGUGUGGAAAGAGUUUUACUCAGUUAAGGGGCCUGAAAAUGCAUAGGAGAAUACACACAGGAGAUACACCUUACCACUGUAUCCACUGUGGAAAGAGUUUUAGGUGGUUAGGAAGCCUAAAGGACCAUAAGAGAAUACACACGGGAGAGAAGCCUCACCACUGCUCCGAGUGUGGAAAGCGUUUUACCCGAUUACUACACCUGACAUCACAUCAAAGGACACACACAGGAGAAAAGCCUUUCCCAUGUUCCCAGUGUGGAAAGGGUUUUACCCAGUUAGGGAGCCUGAAGGAGCAUGAGAGAAUACACACAGGAGAAAGCCCUUUCCCAUGCUCCCAGUGUGGAAAGAGUUUUACCCGUUUAAGGAGCUUGAAGGGACAUGAGAGGACACACACAGGAGAAAGGCCUUUCCAAUGUUCCCAGUGUGGAAAGGGUUUUAACCGGAUAGGGAGUCUGAAGGAGCAUGAGAGGACACACACAGGAGAAAAGCCUUUCCAAUGUUCUCAGUGUGGAAAUAGAUUUACCCGGUUAGGGAACCUGAAAGGGCAUGAAAGAAUACAUACAAAACCACAGGAGGAGGAGGAGGAGAAGAAAUACCAUUGCUCUCAUUGUGGAAAGAAAUUUUUCAGAUCAGAGGACCUGAAAACACAUGAGAGGAUAGAGAGGCUGUGUUCUGACUUAAGUUUUUGACUGAGAAUGUGUGUUUUUGUUCAUGCCACAUGAAAUCAAAUUGUAAAUGCAAAAGCUUGCUAAAAAAAUAGGCCUACAUUUGUUUUUCAUUUUUAACCUCGAGGCAUACAGGAUGGUUCUCAAUAUGCAUACGUUCUCUUGAGUACUGUCUUGUGAGGAUGAAUGUGGAGAAGGCAUAAAACAUUUGAUUUGA